UAGAUUUACUCAGGCGCACACAGAGAACUGAGAAAAGACACUUGGCCAACCCACUUCCCCUUCCUGUCAACAGCCCGGUUCCUGGUUUUGGGUUCCGUCUUGAAGAUUUCCAUCAUCGGUUGAUCUACUUAUACUCCCGGUCGAAAUGUCCCUUGACUGAAUCGACAGCGCGAAUCAGACACGGGAUUACCUGCCUAGGAUAAAUCAUCAUGGUGUGCGAUGAUUACCGACUCUUUGUGCUCCUCCUGACCACAUCCUCCAUCGUUGCAGCGGUAAGCGAGGAGACUCUACGCUCUCUUAUCGUCUACGCUCUGCUCGGCAGCAACCUAACCUUAUCGCUUGACCAAAAGCUGCUGAGCGACCAGGAUACCUUGCGCUGGACACACAACAGCACAAUCAUCUUCACUAGGUCGUCCGGGGUCGUCCGCCGGGGUAAGCCGACGGACGUCGACGCGGCUGGAUCCCUCCAGCUGCUCAACCUCAGCGACUCCAGUGCUGGGGACUACAAGGCAGACGUGUUGAGGAACAGGGUGCGCGUCAAUGGCUGGAGCGGACACGUGUACGUGGUCGAGAAAGUGUCGAAGCCUGUGGUAACGUUUCUGUGCGGUUCUAGCGGAGCCACGGCCACACUGAAAUGCGAUGUUCUCAACCCGAAGUACGUGGCCUACGCCUGGACCCACGAAGGUCAGCUCCUGACAGGGGAAACAAAGCCCACGCUGAUCGUGUCUUUGGCGAAGUUCAAGGGCGAUAAAGGUUUUAGCUGCAGUGUAAGCAACAGCGCCAGCAUAGCCCAGAGUAACGCUGUCCAGUUCAAGUGCAAGCCGCCGCCGCCGCCACCGCCGCCGCCACCGCCGCCACCGCCGCCGCCUCCGAAGGUCUACUGCUUUAACGCCAGCACAGUAAUGGCCGCCGUGGCUGGAGGAGUCGGUCUGAUUAUGCUGCUCUUCGUCAUCACCGUAGUCGCAUGUUCCCGACAGAAGAAGGCGCAGACGCCGGAACAGCAAGAGGAUCUCCUUAUGGCCCCGGCCGCGAAGCUCUUCAAAACAGACAACGGCAUUCAGGACUAUGAGAUUAUGCAUCCUUCAGGGGAAACCCCAAGACCCAGUCCGAUGCUCAGUCAUGGUCCCUUGCCCACAGUCUACAGCCAGGAGGUUGUACCAUCAGUAGCCAAGGCCCAAGAUGAUCUUGGACCCACAUCGACGGAAGUGAAACGAGGACCUUCCCCAGUUCCUAAACCCAGGACAAAAGCCCCUAAGGCCCCUGAGAAAUGAGGAAUCAGCUCCAGCAUUUAUGUCAACAGAUGAUUUGAUAAUUAUCAAGUUGCAUUGUUUGCUAUAUUAUUGGGUAAAUGUUUAUCUGUGAUUAUUAUUAAGUAAUUGUUGAUCUGUAAUUAUUAUUGGAACAGUUUAUCUGUGAUUAUUAUUUGGCUAUAUUGCUUCUGUCUUCCCCUACGUACCCGGGAAAAUCCCGGUAACUUCCUGAGAAAACACUGUAUCACACUAGUAAUAAUUUCUCCCCCUUUUCAGGUACGUUGUUAAUGUAUAAACCUUGUAGGCUUGACUGUGGUGAGUUGGUGUCAUGUUAAGAGUGUCGAGAGUGUUUAGGGGAUAGAUUGAAUGUUGCGUUUGUGAAGUGUGUGUGUGUGUGUGUGUGUGUGUGUGUGUGUGUGUGUGUGUGUGUGUGUGUGUGUGUGUGUGUGUGUGUGUGUGUGUGUGUGUGUGUGUGUGUGUGUGUGUGUGUGUGUGUGUGUGUGUGUGUGAGCAAAGACCCGCUUGUAAGCUAGAGCUAACUGUGAAGUCGCAUACAUUUUGUAAUAUACUUUGCAUAUUCACUUUUUAUCUCGAUUUCUGUAUUGUUUCAUGCACUGUUUACUUUGAAGGAUUUGAGAGUUUGGCAGUUACCUUGUGCUUAGGCCUGUGUAUUUCUAAAAUGUUAUGUUUUUCAAAGCGAUAACAAAUAAAGUUACUAUCUAGGAAACACCGUA